AAAGUUUUGUUAUUUCGGCAUGAUGUGUGGAUACUUGGAUUGUUUCCUCUGCUUUCCUGUGCCAAGUUUUCGUUUUCUUAUAACAAGCAACUUACAAGUGGUGCUUCUAAAAUACCUGACUGAGAGAAAUGAAAUAUUGCGGAUGGAUGCAGAAUGAGAUAUUUAAGAUUUUAGUCAGUAUUAUAAUCUGAAAGGUUGCAUCGCAGGUGCGAAAGAGAUCACACACAAAAAUUAAGUUCUUUUUGAUGCUCAUAAAACGUACAAGAUUCCCUUUGUUAACGUUACGGUACAGUCGAACCACAUCAUCAGUGGGACACUUUCUUCUUGCGUUUGAAGGUAGUCUGAGACAUUUAAAUAACUCCCUAGCAGCCAUACGAGUGUCAAAAUUUUCACAUAUUCCCGCCAUUUAAUACAACUUCUUUGUUAAUAGAAACUUAAUUUUCUUAAUUAGGGGAAUCCCCACUUUUAAGCAGACGUAGAGAAAAUGUUUUGAGGGUAGCAUAUCAUAAAGAACAUUCGCUAUAACUAUAAGUAACACAAAGAGGACAACUCCAGUAUCUCUUGUAUAUAUUACUGAUUAUUACGCUUCUGGUGUGACUCGUUUUAUCUAUAUUUUGCUUGUGGUGUGACUGCUUCCAUUUCUGGAUAGCGCGCAAAAUACAAUUCCCGAUAACUACCCUAAAUGAUUUUUUUUUAAUAAUAGCCUAUGUGUUGAGCGCGUAAUGUUUUAUUUUAUUUUCGAAAAAUGAAAUCGUCUCAGUUAAAUGUGGUGCAAUAAAUAUUCGGUUUAAAAGUGGUUGAGACAUUAGAAUAUUGAAUAGAGUUUAUGGGCGUGAAAUAGAAAGAGUUUAGUGACGUAUCAUGGUGGGAAGGGGUGUAGCAAAAAUUAGGAAUUCUUAAAUGUGUGUUACUUGAGUUCAUGUUUUGUCAAGUAACUUUAGUAGAUGGAAAGUUCACGCAUUGCUGUCGCCCAUGUUUGGCGAGCUGUAACUAGUAUUUUAUUUAACAAAGCAUAAAAUUAAAAUUGGGUCCAUGUUUUUCAUGUCAUUCUCUAAUGCUUACUAUAAGCACUUUUUCAACUUUAUUUUACAUUUGUGGCGAAUUGUUAUAAUUUAACGUACAUUUUCGAUGCAAUGCUUUUCAAGCGUGAUAAUGGCCGUUAACAUAAUAAUAUAGCAUCACAUCGUCUCAGCCAAAACUGCAUAUGGAGAGUAGGAUUUACGCAUAACUAAUGAAAACAGACAGCAAACAGCCUCUGGGAACAGCGAGCUGCUUGUAUAGAGAUUUAUAGAUUUAUACAAUUUUUUCGCCAGAGGCAGUGGUGGACUAAAAAAUUAUAGAGCUCGUUUCAUUGUGUUAAUAUUAUAUAUAUUUAUAUAUAUAUAUAUAUAUAUAUAUAUAUAUAUAUGGAACCGGUGUAAUGUAUCAGCUUCACUCUCCGAGCAGAUGAUCUGGACGCAGGAGUAUUCUAUCCCUCAUUGGAUGAGUUUGCAUUUGCGUGAAUGGGAUCAAUUCUAUUUGAGGAUUUCCGUUUCUCUGUUAUAGUUAUAUGCACUAAAACAACAUUGUCAUACCCCUCUAAGAAAUUUCCAAAAGUUUUAGGAGCUCCACACAAUUUGUAUCCAAACAGUUUUGGCCACUAACAUUUUCACACUACCAUCUUUAUCCAUUUAAGGUCAUCGUAACUCUUCAAAGCGAGCAUGGUGAGCAAAUCUCCCUCUUCCUUGGUGGUGACGGUCAUCAUUGCGUUGCUGGCCCUCGGUGUGGGGCUUGUCGUCGGGUACCUUCUACGCCCCUUCCCCGAGACUGCCAAAGAACACAAGGUGUUAGAAGGCUGGGUCGGUGACGUGGAUGGCGCGAGCGAUGACAAAAUGGCCGCACUUGAAAUGCUGAGGGAUUGUGGGCAAUUGGCGCGGGAGGAUCCGGUGAUUAGCAAGUAAGUUGAGUGAGUUUGGUGAGUUUGGUGAGUUUGGUGAGUUUGGUGAGUUUGGCGAGUUUGGCGAGUUUGGCGAGUUUGGUGAGUUUGGUGAGUUUGGCGAGUUUGGUGAGUUUAGUGAAUGGUAGCAAUUUCAAUAUUCGUUGAGUUCAACUUUCAAUGUUAUUAUAUUGAAUAAUUGUAAGGUAUAGUUAAUGUUGUGUUGUUUUUUCCUAUUUAGUAUAAUAUGAGAUAGGUUCGGCGAAAUGUUUGUUCCUUUUUUUUUUAUAUACCGUAUUUUGUUUUCUUGAUAUUUAGUGUGGUCAAUAGUUUUUCAUUCCCCUUUAAAUUUAAAUGGCAUUUUUUGGUGUGGGGGGGGGGGGGUGGUGUAAUGUAAAAAUUGAAAAAAUAAAUAGAUUCGUAGCCAUUUUUUUUAUAAGUGCAAUUUUCAUUAUAUUUUCCUGAAAAUAUAUAUUUAAUACUGAACUAAAACCAUUUCGACAUUGUUUGUUGCUUAGCAAAUGUUCUCCAAUCUCACCUAUUUAAAUUUCACCGUGUUAUUUUUUUUUGUAAAUUGUUCAAUUCGUUCUCUCGGUCCAGGCACUUAAUAGAGACUGAUGUUGAAGCAUGCCGGGCACUGACCUGUGACCUCCCAUAUCCUCGAACAUACGUCGUGUACAAACUCAAUGGAGAAGCCAUUGACUUGGAUGGAAGACUGGAUGAGAAGGCGUGGAAAAGCGUGGGAUGGACUGACUCAUUUGUAGGUUAGUUCAAUGCCUUGAAAUAGUCUCCCUAUGGCUGGAGCACAAGAUCGGAGUUAUGAAAAUGCCUCUACACUUUUUUUAACCACUCAUUAAAGUAAUAUUGGUUCAGGAAAAAGGGGUGACAACCAAUAGAUUAUAAUUUACUGCAGAUCAAUUGUUUAUUAUUUGAAAUACCGUAUUUACUCGCUUAUAUGGCGCACUUUAUUAACCAAAAAAUUCGAUACAAAACAGGGUUACGACCAAUUCACGCGACAUCAAUUUCAUUUACUAUUUUUCUGUCUGGGGUAUUCAUUUAUUAUACAAAAAAUCGUAGAAUCAUUUUGUCACUUGCUCCCACUUACGCCCAAGCAAAGAGAUUUCCGAUUUUUUGAAUGUUUAUUGAGGAUCGUGUUUCAGUUUUCAAGUAGUUAUGGAAAAAAAAUGUUCAUGAUUGUUCAAAAAAUAUUCGUUAUAUUUACGUUAAAAUGUGUCAUGUAACGCCCCAAAAUAAGGGUGCAACAUCUGCUGGUCAACCGCUUUGACAAACCAAAACUAAAGGUGCGACAUAUUCCCUAGAGCUACCUAUACGUGAGUAUAUACGGUACAUAUUCCCUGGAGCUACCCAUACGCGAGUAUAUACGGUACAUAUUCCCUGAAGCUUCCUAUACGCGAGUAUAUUAUUAUGCGACACAUAUUUCAUGGAGCUACCUAUACGCGAGUAUAUAUUAUUAUACGUUACAUAUUUCAUGGAGCUACCUAUACCCGAGUAUAUAUUAUUAUACGUUACAUAUUUCAUGGAGCUACCUAUACGCGAGUAUAUAUUAUUAUACGUUACAUAUUUCAUGGAGCUAUCUAUACCCGAGUAUAUACGGUAACAACAAAUAAAAAUGGCGCCUUUGUUUUGUUGUGUUGCCUCGUGCAGACAUUCAGGGUAGAGGGUUCCCCGCCCCGCGCCUGGAGACCAAAGUGAAGAUGCGCUACGAUGACAACUUUUUAUUCAUUGGCGUGUACCUGGAGGAGCCGGAUGUAUGGGCCAAUGUCACACUGCACGAUGGAACAG